UAUCGCGUGUAAUUUUGGGGUUUUCCAGCGGAGGGAGGGGGCACCGACUCGCUCUGUGGUCACAGCGGCAGCACAGCGUCAACUUCGCCCCACGUCCGUACGUGCAAUGGAGGGAGGCUGUCGUCGCGGAUAUCGACGGUUAACGGCGUCCUAAACCGAGCGGGGGACGAAGACAGACCGGCCGAGGUGCUAGAGUGACUGGUCCCGUUCCUGUCCUUCCAGUGGCUGUUGGGCCAAAGAGCUGCUCGAGGUGUCUCAGAGCUGUGGAUUGGAUCCUCACCCGGCAUCAAAGCUCUUCCCCCAUUGCCUCCCCCUUUUCUUGUUUCUCUCAGCCUUGCUCUACACAUACACACACACACACACACACACACACACACACACACGUCUCUCUGACCACUCCUACCACUCUGGUUCGUGGUCAACUCCCCCCCCCCGGUCUCCCAGCCAGCCAGCCAGUCAGGCAGUGAGUGGAUGUAAUCCUCUGUAAAGUAUAGGGCCCGUACGGCUGUGCCUGCUCUCUUUUGUCAUGGCGGUGGCUGUUGUUGCCGUGGAGGCCUCUCUCAGGAGAACACAUGAGGGAGAACAGAAGGCAGCAUAAAGCCCACAAAGGGAGGCAGAGGGCCGAGUGGGAGACACUGACGCUGCCAUUUGUUUGACUUGAGGGGAAUGAGCUUCACAGAGCAGCGCAUGAAAUUCGAUGGGGGUGAAAGUACAUGAUGCGGGACUGGCAUCCCCAACCGAAAGCAAUCUCAAAUCGAACCAACUGUAGACUUUGGAGAUAUUUGCCACAUAGUGGCCUGCGGCCAGGAAUGCAGUGAAAAAAAGAAGUAGGCAACGCUUUCUUUUUUUUUUUUCUUGUUUUUUGGACUUUUGCUCUCCUCUGUGGUCUUACCCAAUCACCACCUUUCCAAAGUGCCUUUUUUGUUUCGCUUAGUUUUUCUUACUCUUAUUCAUUCUCAAUCGUUCAUAUAACUUCCCAUAAAGUAACCGUCACAUUCAAUAGGGCUUGCCAUAUAUUAGAGAAGGUUCUUCACAAACAACGUUCGACACCAGCCGCCAUCGAAUUCACCGCAAGUUAUCCGCAAGCAAAAUCUUGAAUUGUUGCCAAGUACCGGGAUUCAAGUUCAAGUUGCGACAGACCAAAGUGACUUUCCACACUUCCUUUAUCCAACGCUCGUUGCUUUGACAACGCGGGAGUCGUCGCCAUGAUCGGCAUCCAGUCCAAAUGGCGCUACCUUUUCAUGUUCCUGGGCAUUCAGCUGGUGGUCAUGGCGCUGCUGUCCCGGGAGGGGUACCAGAAGAGGGUCUCCUACUUCAUCCGCAUCUUCCGCAAGCCUGACGCCACCGGGCUGUCCGGCCGCAACCACACAGCACCGGGCGUCGCUGGAGGGGACGUGUACGCCAACCUCUCCCACCUGUCCAGAGCCCACGGCCAUGGAGACGUGAUGCCUUACUGCCCGACGACGUCCCCUCUUAUCGGCGGGCCGAUCCAUGUCAGCUUUCCGUCGGGCCUCACGCUGGCGGAGGUCCAGAGGAAAAACCCACUGGUGGUGCGCGGGGGCCGCUACAGGCCACCCGACUGCGAGGCGAGGCACCGGACGGCCAUCAUCAUCCCCCACAGACACCGGGAGCACCACCUCAAGUUCCUGCUGUACUACUUGCAUCCCUUUCUGCAGCGGCAACAGCUCAACUACGGGAUUUACGUCAUUCACCAGGCUGGAAACUACACCUUCAACAGGGCCAAGCUGAUGAACGUGGGUUUCCGCGAGGCCAUGAAGGAGGAAGACUGGGACUGUCUCUUCUUCCACGACGUGGACCUCAUCCCCGAGGACGAUCGCAACACGUACGUCUGCGACUCCAACCCCAAGCACGCGGCCAUCGCUAUGGACAAGUUCGGCUACAAGCUUCCGUACAAGAUGUACUUUGGAGGAGUGUCUGCUCUGACGCCGCUGCACUACCUGAAGAUUAACGGCUUUCCCAACAACUACUGGGGCUGGGGGGGAGAGGACGACGAUAUUGGAGUCAGAGUGACUCUGGGGGGGAUGUACAUCACUCGUCCAUCAGUGAAGGUCGGCCGCUACAGGAUGAUUAAACACAAGCUGGACAAAGGCAACGACGUGAACCCCAAGAGGUUCAACAUGCUGGCCAAGACGAGGCAGACAUGGAAGUCAGACGGGAUGAACACUGCUGAAUACGAGACAAUCUCACGGCAGUACAUGCCUCUCUACACCAACAUCACGGUUAACAUCGGCACCGAGGCCGGUCUACAUCCUCCUCCUGCCAAAGCUGGAGUCAAAGAACCUGGCGGAGGCCCAGCUAAAGGACCAGCCAAAACCCCUGCCAAACUCAAAGAGGCCCACACAGGGAAGAAGGAGCGCUAAUGACAUUCCAGUGUGGCAUUUCUUCCAUGGGAUGAUCUUUGUGGUGGUUUCUCGAAACCUCUGGAGUUUAUUUUUCUUUCCCAUUUUCAGAUUCGACGUCUGUUUGUGAAAGAGUUGGUUAGCGCUGAUUUAACGUUGUUCUGCCUGUGGACACACCAAGGUGCUGGUUUUGGGUGAUUGAAGCACUCGAUGGAUUAAAAAUAAGACUUGACGGUGACUCGUCAGCCCUCUGGUCCCUGUGCACCACUGAUUCUCUUCUUCCCAGGGAGCCACAGUGAAGAGUGAGCGGCAGAAGUUGGACUCUGUGAGUUUGUAUAUCUACAGCGGUGUGGUCGCUGUUUAAACCUUGUGAUGCCUUAGAAGCGUGUUCUUUCUUCUUGGUUUUUGUUUGUGUCUUUUCACUCGUACCUUACGUUGUUUAGAUCAUUGAGUUUACUAGAGCACUGGCUGCCCUUUCCAGCAGUUGCUCCUUUUUGCCUACACAAGUGAAGGAGGUGGUUUCUGGUUUCCAGUUGAGUGUGAAGCUGCUACAAUGAGUACUGAAUGAAGGAAGCAUGCAGAUGUGUCAAUUGCUGCUUCUACAUAAGGGUGCACGUGCCCCAUGUGUGUUCUGAUAUGCGUAUGUCAAAAGACAGACGAUGCUGUUCGUGUGAAAAGGAUAAAGUUCUGUACUCCGGGGCCCAAAAGUACAGUUCCUUUUGUGUAGCAUAUCCAAUAUCUGCAACACUUGAUUGAAUCUCUUUGAGUUGCACGUUUUUGUGCUUUUGCCUUUUUAUCAGGUGGAGCAGGUGACUGAGUUUAGGAGUCUGGCUUCAGGUUCACAUUAAAAUGGAGUCUUCAUCGCUGAGCGUUUCUAUAGCUGUGUACUUUAUAUUUCUUUAGGUAAAUGUAUCCCUCAAGAGUGCCAGCUUCCUCCCGUUACCAUUCAUAUGCAGUCGAUCUUCAUAAUGAUCCUCUGCCCGUCUCCUCUCUGUUAUCCACACAUAUCGAUGAGAAAUCAACUUGAAAAAGCUUUUGCUCUGCCCUCAAAAAUGCUUAUUUCUUCAGCAUUAUCAGGUCCAGGAAUGUAGAUUUUGCUGCUGCUCAAGGUAACGUAGCCACACAAGAAGGGUUCGCUGUUGAGAUUUUCGCACAUUGCCGCUGGCAAGAGAUGGAACUGAAAAUCUGUGAUAUGCUGCCGAUGUCUCGAGAGACACCGUUGCGCUAGUGGGAGGCCGGUAGAUUAGGACACUGUCCGUGUCUCUUUCACUUUUACUUCCUUCCAGGGGAAUUUGUCUCCCAGCUCGACUCGAUCUUUUUUUGUCACGACGUGACUCCCGACGAAAGGUUCUUCAACGCGUGGUCACGCGGAGACGUCCGCCCCUCCCUUUCCACUAUCGUGCCCCCUGACCUGCAUGUCGGCUUCACUUCUCUCCACUUUGACAGAUUUGAUUGUAAACCAGAGAGAAGGAACCGGAGAACCUCCCACCCGGUGAGGGGGAGGCUGUGCUGAUAGCUGAAACCAAAAAUGACUGUGUGUGUGAGAUGUGGACGGUAUGACUCAUGUGACUAAACAUUCUCUUCCUACCAAUAUUUGUAUCAUAUUUAAAUUGUGUUGCAAGAAUCUUAAACCACCAGGUAUUCCAUUUUCCCCAAAUAUACAGACUCCAGUUAAUUUGGAGAAGGAAUGGGAAUAGUUGAUAAGUGACCUUGUUUUUGUUUUUUUUAAACCGUUCUGUAAACUUAGAUACACGUAUUUGUGGUAUUUGUCCGCCGACGAGAAGCUAGUCAUAAAUAGACGACUAUAUAGUAGUAUAUUGUUUAGCUGUGAUUCAACUGUUAUGGCCUUAGCGACUUUCUUAUUUCAACUCUUGGUCACUUUACACUAUAGCAAUAUCAAGACUAAAUAGGCAUGGCAACCAAGCUUUUAGUGGGAGAACGUACUGGACACAAUGUGGCGAUGACGCAGCAGCGCUCAUCUAGAAGCCCUGAAGCAUGCAGAGGGGUACGAAAGCUGUUAUUGUUAUACAUUCUGCAUCAUUUACUUAUGAUUUCUGAAAAAAAAAAAUGUUAUUUAGCUACUUCUAUUUGAUUUGUUUCUGGUGU